UGGAGACGCAAUGUCGGAAGUAAAUUCCAUAGCUCACGGUUCUUGUUUUGACAGCUUGAACUAAACAUCAAAAUACACCUGUUUCCCCGUAUUUGGUGUGCUGUUUACCCUGUCGUUUCGCAGCAGUACUCGACUUAACUGACCCGAGCAGCUGUACGUUAACACUAACAUCAAGGUCCGUGACAAGGUUAUAACGAGUCCAUGAGUCGCAGUCGGAACCCCCCUCCCCGGGGCCAAGGGGCAGCUCGAGCCAAACAGAUGGGGCUGCUCCUUGACCUGAACCCCGAUGGGGGGAUGCAUGAUCAGGGUAAUGAUGAAGAGCUGGAGGCAGAGCUGAUGAAUCUGGUGGGGGGAGGAGGAAGAGAGAGAUCACAAGGGAAGAAGGGUGAAGGAAAAGCUCCUGUUCCCAUGUCUGAAAUUGAGCGAAUGGCAGCUCUUUGUAUGAAGGACCUGGAUGAUGAAGAAAUGGGUGAUGAAGAUUUGGAUGAUGAAGAGCUGCUGGCUGAACUUAAUGAGGUUUUGGAGGAUGACGCAGAACCAACUCCUGCUCCCACCCCUCCUGCUGUGUCGCCAGCUGCUCCCAAAGUGAGCAUAACAUCCCACUCUGUUCGUCCUGCUGCUCCCAGUGGUGCAACAGGGUUGGAGUCCCGUCUGUUGGAACGCUUUGAAAUGUAUAAGACAGCCAUUUCCAAUGCCAAGGCUGCUGGGGAGACCAGCAAAGUUCGACGCUAUGAUCGUGGUUUAAAGACAUUACAGUCUAUGUUAACAUCCGUCAAAAAAGGAAAGCCAGUCAAUGAGGAGGAGAUGCCGCCUCCUGUUGCUCUCGGUGCGACCCCUAACGCCACUGCCGAGUCUGAACCGGUCAAGGAACGAGAACUGCCAGAACCAGCACUGAUGCCAUCCCCUCCAGCCAAUCAGAAACCUCUGAGGGAAGCUCCGCCGACAGCCCCUAAGAUGCUCCACCUGAGCCUGCCCCAAAAGCCUGCAGCUGCCAUAACCCCAGAGACGCCUGUCAUCUCACCCCUUACCCCCAGCCAGCCUGAUGCACAGCACUCAGAGCUCAAACAAGCUGUGCUGUCCAGACAGAGGGAGUAUAAGAUGGCUGCCAUAAAUGCCAAACAGAGUGGUGACACCGACCAGGCCAGACAGCACUACCUCACUGCCAAGAAGCUGGACAUGAUGGUGGAGGUACUGGACAGAGGCGAGCCAGUAGACCUGAGCUCACUACCACCUCCUCCUGGAGAUGUAGUAGCAGAGCGCUGUGUACCUCCUCCUCCUCAGUCUUCCUCCAAACCUGCUGCCCCCACUGUUCCUGCACCUGCUCAGGUGGCCCCUGCCAACCUACCUGCUCCCAGCAGUUUGGCGGAAGCGCUGCAGCAGAGGAUGGAUAUUUACAAGUCAGCAGCAGAGGGAGCGAAGAGCAAAGGAGAUGAACGUAAGGCUCGCAUGCACCAGCGCAUUAUCAAGCAAUACCAGGAUGCCAUCAGAGCUCAUAAAGCUGGACGACCUGUCAACUUGUCUGAUCUACCUGUGCCACCAGGUUGUCCACCACUUCAAGGCUCAGAGGGGGCUCAGCAGAACUUUAUAGGUGUCCUGGAAACAGCCAUGAAAAUCGCUAAUCAGGAUCCGGAUGCAGGAGAUGAAGAGGAGGAUGGUCCAACAGAGGCUGCCAAGCCUGCAGUGCGUCCACCUGCCCAGAAAGCAAAGUCUCCAGCUCCACAGGCUCCUGGAGGCUCCUCAGCUCCAAAGCUGGGACCGAAAGCCCAGCAGCAAGUGGAUUUCCUGUUGCUAAGGCGACAGGCAUUUAUGCGUGCAGCACUGCGCUCCAAACAGAUGAAGGACAUGGCAGGAGCUACGCAGCACCUCCGAUGCGCCAAGGGACUAGACACCAUGAUCACCGCUGCCAAGUCUGGCCUACCUGUUGAUAUCACCAAGAUUCCCAGUCUUCCAGUAGGUGAGGAUGACUACUCCCUGGCCCGCUCCCGUACCUCCCCUCUCUCCCCUCGCUCCAGUGAGCAGUACCAAGGCAUCAUGGAUCUUUUACGAAAGCAGCACGAGAAAUGUCUGGCCAACUCGGAAAGGUUCAAGCAAGCAGGCAGUGUGGCUGAGGCUUUGAAGUGUGAGAAGUUAUCGGAGGAGUCGAUGAAGAACAUAGAGAUACUGAAGAAUGCCCAUGCCAAAGGUCACCCAGUCCCCAAGUGCCGCACAGAAGAGAGAACCUUCAACUCUAUCAAGACCUACCCCAACCUGACACUUAAUGACCUGAUACUGUACAUCAUCAGAGGUAUCAACCUACCGGCUCCCUCGGGCGUCUCACCUAACGACCUGGAUGCCAGUGUGAAGUUUGAGUUUCCUUUUCCCAGUGCGGAGGAGGCUCAAAGGGACAAAACCAGCACAGCAAAGGGCACCAACAGUCCAGAGUUUAAAGAGCAGUUCAAACUCAACAUCAACCGUGGCCACAGAGGCUUGAAGCGAAUCAUCCAAUCCAAGGGCAUCAAGUUUGAAAUCAUCCACAAGGGAGGCCUGUUCAAGACAGACAAAGUCAUAGGCACUGCUCAGCUGAAGCUAGAGGCUCUAGAAAACCACUGUGACUUUAGAGAGAUCAUAGAGGUGAUGGAUGGACGUAAAGCCACAGGUGGCAAGUUAGAGGUGAGGGUGAAGAUGAGAGAGCCUUUAUCAGGAGUCGAUGUCCAGCCGGUGACAGAGAAGUGGCUGGUUCUCGACCCGGUCUCCUCGCCUUCUUCCCCAGAGAAACGAAAGGAACGGGCUCCAUCUCCCCGGUCUAAACCCAGACAUGAAGCCAGCAGCAGGAGUGUUCAUCCCAACAACUCUCCUCCACAGUACAAACUCCACAGCUUUAGUCUCCUCAACUAUGACAAGGAACGACUGGAGAGGAAGAUUGCAGAGUUCCAAAAGAACCGGAGGGAUCCUCCGUCUGACCUCAUCCUUCAACACAAAGAGGUCACACACAGACUGCAGUGGCAGAAAGCCCAGCUGGAGAGAGCCUCUCCUGCUCUGCUGACGGAGUAUGAACAUGUGCUGAGGCGCUUUGUACAAGGACUUUCAGACUCAGUGAAGAAAUACUCGAUCCAAGGCAACAGGGAAGCUGCCAAGGAUGCACUGGGCAGGCUGAAGAUGGUAGAGAAUGAGCUGGAAUCGCUGAAGAGGAAGCGCACUGGAUGAGAGGAGAACAUGGGAGUGGAGACUUGGCUGGAGUACUGUUUCAUAUGCACUCCUAUACAAACACUACAGUUGGUACUUAAAGCACCUUUAGCAUGAUUCGAUGCUGUUCACUUCCAUGACAACUGCAUGAAACUUCCUGCUGCUUCUGCCGAUUGAUGAUAUGGCUCGUGUCACUUGUGGUUAGUCACCUGCCGCAAUCAUUUAAGAAAAAUCUGUAACCACAUGGGAAUAAAAGAGAGCAUUAAAACAUGUUAAAGAGCUAAAGCAGAGGCAAGGUCAUUGCACUUAAACAAGAAAGACACUACACAAAAAGUCUUCUAAAGAUUUACAGGCCAGACCUGUAUUUUGUUAAUUGUGUUCUUCUUUUUUUGAGAAGAGAUCUGUAAGAAGACUUAACAUUUUACAUUUGAUGCCAGCUCAGUCCAUUGAUGACCAAAAAUUUGUGUGUGUGUGUGUGUGUGUGCGCGCGGUCUGAAGCAUAUUUAACCCAUUGACUGAGGUGUUUUUAGCCUCUUUUUCCAUAUUUCAAGUGUGUGAUGAUCUUAAUCUAAUCUGUCUGCUCCAGUGUUCCCAGAUUACAGUAAUCUCCUCCAUUUGGAGUGGUGUGAUAUGGGAAUUAAAAAAAAAAGACAGGGCUUUGGGGUGCUGCAGCGUACAUCCCAUACUGAGGGAUUAGUGUUUGUGUCACCAAGGAGACGACUAGAUCAGACAUAGUGCCGUCUUUGGGGUGGGAGAGGGGGUGUUAACAGCGAGCUCUGAAUGUUGUAGAAGCUCAGCCCUGCUGAAGGAUCACUCCUUUUUCUGUUGUCUUCUUUAUCCUCACUUUUUUCCACACUAAUUCUUUUGCAGAUAUUCAGAGACUUGAGUAAUGGGUUGCUCCUCUUGAAUUUUUCUUUAAACUCAAACAAUUUUAAGUUGAUUUUGCUGUCAAUAAGAAAAUAAUUAACAGCUGCUGCAUCCGUUUUUGGCAGUUUUUCCACACAGUUUGGCGUGUGCAGUUUACAAAACCAGAUUCUGUCCCACUGAGCUCUCCGCUGGCUGCCUGCCCACAGGAAGACAACUCAAUAUGUGUCAGUAAGGCUGGGUAAUUGCUCAUUUCUAUUUCUGUUCCCUCAUAGACAUCCCUGUCAUAGGCAUCUUUGUCAUUCCUCUCCACAUUACACCUUUUUGUGGCUGUAAAGUCAAGGGCAUGUGGUGAAACUUUGUAAGAUGCAGAUCCCAGCUGACAAAGGCAGACACCUUGAAAUGAAUGGUUUACCACAGCAACACUAGAUGUCCAAAAACAGUCAUCCUGUCGCUGCUUUGUUUUCUCUGCUCUGUGUAGUCCUCUGGACAGAUGUUUCUUCUAUGUCUGUGUCAGCCUGCUAACCCUGCCAGCACACUCACACAUGAAGCAGAGUUACCAUACGUUUAUGUGUGCUGAUGAUGUGCCCCACUAAUAAACACCACAAAUAGUUUUUGGUCACGUGACAGAGCAGAGAAUCACGUGUUCGCCCUAAUCCACUCGCUGCCUCAUUCAGUUGGCAAAUAAUCGUGUUUAAAGUUGACCUAAUAGAGCUCUUCAUAGUCUGUGGUGAUUUGUAUGGCACUCCCCUUCCAAUGCCACUAAAGUCUAGGGCUACAUUUAGCUGUUAUUUUCAUUACUAAUUACACUUCCAGUUAUUUUCUGGUUGAUAAAAUGCUACUUUGUACUUCCUAAAACCUCAAGUGGCAUUGUCAAAUUGCUCAUUUUGUCUGAUCACCAGACCAAAACCCAUAAAUAUUCCGUUUAGUGUUGAAUAGGACAAAGCAGUGCAAACUCACAAUUAAUAAAUUAGAACUAGGGAUAAUUUGACAUUUUUGCUUGAAAUUGACAAAUGAAUUAUUUUGGAUUACUGUAGAGUAAUAUGAUUUGCAGGAACACUAGCUGUGGUGUGAAGUGCUGUAAUGUAUAUGUGAUUUGGGGUAGAAUAUGCAAAUUCACUGGUAUGGUCAAGUAGCGACCGAACGUGGCUGCCAGGCUCCCAUAUCUCUGGGUUGUUGCCUUCUGGGUUCUAAUAGCAUUUAAAGCAACUUCAAGGCACCCCUUUCUUUCAGUGCAAAGAUUUAACCCCAUUUCACCCCAGACACACACUCACUCCUGCCACAUAACCCCAUCCUCCAGCAACCUCUGGCCUCGGAGGCUGGCCCGUUGUCAUGACAAUGGGCUCAUCAGCAUUCAGCGUGGUGUCUGGAUGGUCAGGACCUGAGCAGAGGGACAUAUUGUUAAAGUUUGUCCUGCUGGUGUCUUACACUCCUUUUUCCCCAAAUACAACACAACACACACUCCUCCCUAUUCUCUGUUUUCAGUUUGUUUUUCACUCUCUUUUUUUUUUUAAUCCACCUUGGUGAUUUGUCCACACUCCAUUAUAAAAAAAGAGAAAGUCUGAUGGUUUGUUUAUCAUUAUUGUUGAUAUUUCUGUCUCAGUUAGCUGCAGUAAAUGUAUUCAUCUGGAUCUGGGAAAAUACUAUAACAUUUUUAAGAAUCUGUUAAAUCAUGUAAGGGCAAUCAAUAUGAAUGUAAUAUUUAUAUACAGUAAAUCUGCAGCAUAAUAUGCUCAGUCACUAUUUUAAAGUGUAAGUCAGGCUCAUUUGUUCAGCUCAAAAUAGGAAUGUAUCAAGGCCUGAUUGUUUAGGCUUUAUGUAUGAGGUCGGUGGUAAUGAAUAAA